GGUAUUCGUUAUCGAUCGAUCGCCAUUCUCGUCCGGUUACACCGCUGUUCAGUCUCCGUCGCAGAUCGAAGUAGCCGAGGGGAAAUUUCGUCCGGCUUGCCACUACAUUGGGCUCCAACACUAGCAUUUUUGUGAAGCACGAUAUCUUUUUUGCAGCCUUGAGGUCGAUCGGAUCUAUAGCUCACGGAGACGUUGAUGACAUUGUUAAAAUAUCGAAGGAGAAAUGUCAGAUUUGUAUAUGUAGAUGACUCCCUCUUUUUGAUGGGAAUUUGAUCUUUCUUGCUCUUCCAAUUUGGUGGCGAAAAUAUUAUGAAGGGGAGAAGCAUUGAAUCCUCUGGGACGAGGAGGUGGAGGCCUUCGCAUCCUGUUCUUGCCAUUGGAUUAAUCUACUUAGUCUUUGUUUCCUUCAAAUUCCAUCAUUUUCUCGAGAUCGCCAAUGCGUUGAGCGGCGACGGCAGCUUCUCUGGGCUCGACCGGCCGGUCAAUGACCUUACAUCUCGCCACCUCCACCUCGGCCAUAGGACCCCUGUCUUGGUCGACCAUGAUACCUUCUACCGGAGACUGGAGGAUAGCCGGAACCUCCCUCCUGCCCUCGAAAAGGAGCAGCCUUCCCUUAGAUUUCCACCGAUCAAGCCAUUUCAGCGUUGGUUUGGGCAUAAAUCUAUAGGCAACUUGACUCAGCUUCAGGCUAUGAUCAAUGAGGCAUGGGUGCUAGGCCAGAAGGCUUGGGAUGAUGUGAAGAAUUAUGAUCCUAUGAGCAGCACGGAUCAACUGUCUAUGAUCGAAGGAAAGCUGGAGUCUUGCCGGUCAUCGCUGGCAAAGAGUUCAACCGAGAUGGGCUCUGACGCAGAGCUACGAGUCUUUCUUCCAUGUGGCCUUGCGGCAGGCUCUUCGAUUACAGUCGUCGGCAAGCCUCAGGAGGCCCAUGAGGAGCAUGUCACAAAGUUGGCAAGGUUGAGGCAGGGGGAUGGAAGUGGAACUACAUGGGUCUCGCAAUUUGUUGUUGAAUUACAGGGACUGAGAGUGGUUGAUGGCGAGGACCCACCAAAGAUCCUGCAUUUGAAUCCAAGGCUCAUGGGGGACUGGAGCAAGAAGCCUGUUCUUGAGCUUAACUCAUGUUAUAGGAUGCAAUGGGGCACAGCAAUAAGGUGUAAUGGCUUGCCUUCAGAAGAUGAUGAUGACACAGUUGAUGGAUUCAAAAAAUGUGAGAAAUGGGCUCGCAGUGAUAUGAUAGAUUUGAAAGAAUCUAAAACUACCUCUUGGCUAAGGAGAUUUAUAGGUCGAGCAAAGAAGCCAGAAAUGACAUGGUCUUUUCCUUUUGUAGAAAGCAGGCUGUUUGUCUUAACACUGCAAGCUGGUUUUGAAGGAUAUCAAAUUUUUGUUGGGGGUCGACAUGUAGCUUCAUUCCCAUAUCGGCCGGGAUUCACUCUCGAAGAUGCCACUGGAUUAGCAAUAAAAGGAGAUGUUGAUGUACACUCAGUGUUUGCCACUUCGCUUCCCACAUCUCAUUCCAGUUUUUCGCCUGAUCGUGUCUUGGAAAUGUCAGAAAAUUGGAGGUCUCCUCCUUUGCCAGAAAGUACAGUUGAUCUUUUUAUUGGAAUUAUUUCUGCUUCAAAUCAUUUUGCUGAACGCAUGGCUGUUAGAAAAACAUGGAUGCAAUCUUCUCAAAUCAAGUCAUCUAAUGUGGUGGCUCGUUUCUUUGUUGCAUUAAAUCUGAGGAAGGAGGUAAACACCAUGCUAAAGAAAGAAGCAGAAUAUUUUCAAGAUAUUGUAAUUUUGCCAUUUAUGGAUCGUUAUGAGCUGGUCGUUCUUAAAACGAUUGCCAUUUGUGAUUAUGGGGUUCACAACUUAACCACUCCAUACAUCAUGAAGUGUGACGAUGAUACUUUCAUAAGGGUUGAUGUUGUCUUAAAAGAAAUAAAGCGGGUCUCUCAAGAAAAGCCGUUGUACAUGGGGAACCUUAAUCUCUUGCAUAGACCUCUCAGGCAUGGAAAAUGGGCUGUAUCAUAUGAGGAGUGGCCAGGGUACAUAUACCCACCCUAUGCUAAUGGACCUGGCUACAUAAUUUCAAGAGACAUUGCAAAGUUCAUCGAUUCUCAGAAUGCCAACCAAAGCCUAAGGCUGUUCAAGAUGGAGGAUGUGAGUAUGGGCAUGUGGGUCAAACAGUACAACUCCUCGAUGGCCAUACAAUACUCGCAUAGUUGGAAGUUCUGUCAGUAUGGAUGCAUGGAGAACUAUUACACUGCUCAUUAUCAGUCUCCCAGGCAAAUGCUCUGCCUCUGGGACAAGCUGGCCAGGGGUCGAGCUCACUGUUGCAACUUCAGAUGACAACUUUGAUGAUUCUUCUACAUUGUUUCCGACCUCCCUGUAAUGUAGAAGCUUUGCCUGCCUCUUGUUGUCUGUGUCUAAUCUUUUUUUGACAUUGGUGAUGGUAACAAUGCUGUCACUGGUUAGAACAGGAAGCUCUUCUCCCGGCAUCUGCCGAGGAUUUUGUUGAAACGAGUGUAUAUGCUAUUCUGAUUCACUUGUGCUGCGUCCAACUUUCAUUAUUGUUUGAUUUGUGAGGCAGCAUGUUGAAUGAUAUCAUGUGAAGGUAAAUGCUUGCAGGGUAUAU